AUGUUGGCAAGGCACGUCACACACAGAGCUGUUAAAGGCAUACCAGUCUUGCAACACCAUUCAUACGCCCGAUUCAGCUCUAGCUCCCAUGGGUCCGAGUUGAAGAUCAAUGCCGCCCGCUUGCUAGAAACUCUACAUGAUACUUGCCAGUGGGGAGCAGCUCACCGAUAUGGAAGUGGUGCUACGGAGACUGGCAUGGCCAGGCUGGCUCUCUCCGACGACGACGCGCGUGUCCGCCGCUGGUUCGCCGACGAGAUGGAGUCUCUCGGCUGUGGCGUGACCGUAGAUGAGAUGGGCAACAUGUUUGCUCGCCGCUCGGGAUCCUCGGGCUCUCGAGCGCCGAUGACAGCUAUGGGCAGUCACCUGGACACUCAGCCGCGAGGCGGGAGGUACGACGGGAUCCUGGGUAUCAUGGCAGGCGUGGAAGCCAUGAGGACGCUCAAGGAUGCCGGAUACAAGACGCACUUCGAUGUGGGCGUCGUGAACUGGACGAACGAGGAGGGCGCGCGCUUCCCCAAAUCAAUGGUCUCGUCGGGUGCUUGGGCAGGAAUCAUCUCCCGCGAAGCAGCCUGGGACCUGAGGGAUAUCUUCGACCCGUCCAUAACACUAAGAUCGGAGCUCGAGAGGCACGGCAUGCUAGGCGCUGUGCCCUGCUCGCUUCAGGGCUACCCCCUCGGAGCUCACUUCGAGCUGCACAUCGAGCAGGGCCCCAUCCUCCAGCAGGAGGGAAAGCGCAUCGGCGUCGUCCGUGGCGCCCAGGGCUACCGUUGGCUCACCUUCACCCUCCUGGGCCGCGAUGCCCACACCGGGACCACUCCCCUGGACAUGCGACAGGACCCGCUGCUCGCGGCCUCCCGCAUGAUCUCCGUCUCCAACGCCAUUGCGAAAAAGGCAGGGGCGCUGGCAUCGACCGGCAUUCUCAAGAUCCCGCAGAGCGCCUCGACCAACACGGUGGCGUCGGAGACGACCUUCACUCUGGAUAUCAGGCACCCAGACAAUGCCGUCGUGCAGCAGGUGCAGGAUGAAUGCCUGGCUGCCUUUGAAGCUAUCGCAGGUGAGGAAAGGGUGCGGAUGAGUUGGGUGAUAGACACGGAUUCACCGUCUACCCAGUUCGACAAAGGCUGUAUUGAGACGGUGGAACGCGUAGCCACUGACCUGGUGGGAGAGGACGGCUGGAUCCAUAUGACGAGCGGAGCUGGCCACGACAGUGUCAACACGAGCAAGUGCUGUCCGACAACCAUGAUAUUUGUUCCGUGCAAGGAUGGCCUCGGUCGCAUUGCAACACUUGAACCCUUGACAGGCCCGUCAGCCUUCUUCGUGUUUUAUAAGAUCACGAUGCCAGUCACCGAAAUUGGAAUCUUGCAUUGUCUUGGGGGAAAGGUUACACCCGAAAUCCGGACACUCCUAGAGAAAGCCUUGCCAAAACAGGUACAAUGGCGUCAGGACAACGUCCCCGAUUCACCCUUGGACACCGAGGCGCUUGCCACCUGGGUCUUUCAACAGCGUGAAGACCCCUCUGUCAUGCUGCUUACAGCUACGUGGGAGAGCGUGGAGGCGCAUACGAGAUGGAUCCAGAGCGAGGUCAACCAGAAGCUCAUGGGGGACUUGACCAAACACAUCGUAUUGGAAGGCGACCAAGUGCUUGUCCUUUUCCACCUGGACAAGGAGAUCUUCUCGGGCCCACAGGAGCCUGGAUCUGUCCCUCUACUGGAGAGCCCUGUCCUCAGCCUCGGCAGGUUCUUCGUAGCCAAGGAGGAGCGAGAGAUCUUCGCGAAGAAGUUUGCAGAGGUCGAACAUGUCAACCGGGACUUGGUCCGUCCUCACCAAGCACGCUCGGGAUGGAGGGUAGACAAGGAAGCCGAGGAGGGGGAGGAGUUUGUGCUGAUUUCGGGGUUUGAGUCCAUUGAUCGGCAGGCCGAGUUCGCUGAGUCAAAGGACUCUGCCAAAUAUUGCGAGAUCCAGGCGCUUAUCGAGGAGUCUGACACCAAGCACUACCAGCGCAUCAUAUAG